AUGUUUUUAAACGGGAUCGAAAAUAAAUAUCAAAAGUUAUCCGUGUGCAAACCCAACUCAUAUAUUUAUCUGGGAUGCAACAUAUGUCGAUGUGAUGCUGAAGGAAAAAUAAACCAACAAUUCUGUACAAAAAGAAAAUGCCCGUCAGAUGCACGAAGAUCUUACAAUGUCGACGGAAGCUGUGAAGCCGGAAACUGGUACUCAUCAGAACCUUGCCAAAUCUGUUAUUGUAUCUUUAAAAGCAAAUUAAUUUGCAACAGCGUAGCAAAUCAGGAUAAACUCCAACUUGGUAAAUUUUCUUUUUCGAUAUGUGGAAAUAAGUAUUUGGAGGCAGCAUCGGAAUUAUUUCCGAGCCUGCCUGCCUGGAAGAAGAAAAGUAUUAUGAAAAGUGUCAAUAAUAUAGAAACAACAACGGCCGUACCUGAUUUAAAUACUGAUGAAAUGCUCUUAAAUUUAUUGGAGAGUAAACGAAAAGUUAAUGAUGAUAACUUGUUUUAUAUGAUAAAUGAUAAACGUGAUACUAAACAUGGUCUGUUAGAAGACGAGCUAAUCAAGCACCCGAAUAAUAUAGAUUCAAUAAUAUCUCAAAGAUAUUACAAUGAUGACUCGUCUCUUGGUCUUGGUGUUUUGAGUCUUAGGCGCGGUAAACUGAUGCUUAUAGAUAAAGAAACCUGUACCCCAGGAGAGUCUUUUGCAAAGCAAUGUGAGACUUGCUAUUGUCUACAAAAUGCUCUUCACAAUACAUUAUGGAGUGAAAGGUGCAAGAAGCGUGCUGUAGUCCUGAAUGACUGUAACUGGUGUUGGUGUAAUGAAAAACAGAGAUACCAUUGCGAGGCCAGAGUUUGUCAAGAGAUUGACAUGUUCGGACAUUUCAAAGAUGCCAUCCAAGCAAUAGACGUGGGCAUGGAAGGUCACGGAGUAUGGAGGUCCUCACCGACCUCCUGUUCUCCUGGUGUUCACUACCGACGGGGAGCAAUGUUGUGCGUCUGUAAAGAGGACGGGAACUGGCCUAAUCCCGUCUGCAGAGACAUUUUUCGUGUUCUACACUCAGUAGAACAUACCUCCUUAGCUCAUCCCACAUCAAACUAUACUUGUUUUCCCACCAAGCUCUAUGUUGUAGGAUGCAAUGUGUGUUUUUGUCCCUCAAGUGGAUAUUUAGAUCCAAAUUUAUGUACCCAAAACACUUGUCACAAAGAUGACCCCGUAUUAAAAGCCAAUACUACUAAUAUAGCUCGAACUGAUGAUUUAGAUGAUGAUAAUCUAGAGAUAUAUGCGUCAUGUACACCAAAUACAAUGUACACUAUAGGUUGCAUGCCCUGCAAAUGUUUGAAGAACAAUAGACUUCUUUGUGAAAGCUGUUCUAAAAAUAAAAAUACACUUUCUGGUCAUAAAGACUCUGAAAACAAAUGCCGUGCUAAAGGAACUGAUGUUGUUUUUGAAACUAAUUGUAAUCUUUGCUAUUGCGAUGAGAAUGAAAGAAAAAUAUGCACUGUUCGCAAAUGUAUUAAAGAUCGACCAACAUUAAAUUAUAAAAAUAAAGGUAAGUUUGUGCUAACCACAUCACCCGUAGAUGAUGAAGACUGCACACCAGGGACUAAAUUUUAUAAAGAUUGUAAUGUGUGCCAAUGUAUCAAACUAAGAAAAGGUAAGAAGCUUAUACGAUGCACUAAGAAAUUGUGUUACAACACAUCGUCUAUAGAUAUUAUAAAAUCCGACUGUGUUUUGAACUCCGCUUACGAACUUAAAUGUAUGGUCUGUCAUUGCCGAGAAGAGAAUGGUGAGAAGGUACAGAUCUGUUAUACGAAAGCAUCAUGUACUGAAAAAGAGCCCUUAAGUGCCUCAAAGCUAAGUGGUUACUGUGAACCCUUUAGAACAUACGUUGAUGAUUGUAAUCCGUGUCGUUGCCUUAGCGACGGUGAGACUCUCUUAUGUGCUACUAACAAAUGUGAAAAAAAAGAUCCGGUUUCAGUCGAAGUUGUAACAAUUAAGAGGAGUCAAAGAGAUAUUUGUCCGGAAGGCGAGUCAUUUAGACUUAAGUGUAAUUUAUGUUAUUGUUUAUCGAAUAGUAACGCUAUGUGCACUACUGCUGAGUGUUACGAGAAAUCUUUCAAAAUAAAUCCUAUUAUAAAUUAA